AUGCUUCCUCGAGUUACUGCAUUUCCCAUCCUGCCCGAGGGCCAUUUGGUGUACAAGGCGUCGACGGGUUUGAGGAUACCGGCAAGAGAGAAGACGGGCUGCCCAUUGAUUGGCAAUCUGGCGCCGGAGAUCAUCUUGAGAGACCAGCUGGGACGAGACUGCUCACUUCAUGCCACCAUUGAGCUUGGCCGCCCCAUCGUCCUCUUCUUCUUCCCCCUUGCUGGUUCGCCACAAUGCACGGUAGAAUCAUGCUCGUUCCGAGAUGCCCUUGGCGACUCGGCCGUCUUCGCCGAGCUCGACGCAAUCGUCAUUGGCAUCUCCCAAGAUACGCCGGAGACGCUGCGACGCUUCGUCGAUGAGCAUGACCUUGGCUACAUUAUCCUCAGCGAUGCCAAGCGAGAAGCCAUGCAAGCUUUCGGCGUCAACAAGACGUGGCUGGGCCUCAUCAACAAUAGGUGUACGUUCGUCAUCGAUCACGAGGGCAUUGUGAGGGGCAUGUGCGAGGGUGUACUGGAUGCCAAAGGCCACAACCAAUUUGCAGAGAGGUGGCUCGUUCGCAUUGAGCAUGAGCUGGCCGGACGCACAAAGGAGAGGAUGCUUGACGAUGACGAGGAGCAUGGAGCGGUCAAGACGAUGGCGACCGACGAGGCGUCAGGCAAGAGAAUCAAGCACGGCCGAGAGAACAGUGCCAAGGGUGCCGGCAUUGAUCAGGCUCCUCGCUACGGCGCCGCCCCACGGACGACGCCCACCGGUUCUCUCAAGGCGAAGAAGUCAAAUGGCGUACGCGACUUCCUUGCGCAGUUCUCAUCGCCAGACGGCCAUCCACUUCCUGCUCUUGGGGGUGCGACCUACGUGAAGCAGAUGCAUUCGCAGCCGCUCACACCGUCGUCAAGCCAAGACAAGUCUUCCGAAAAGGCUCCGUCUCGAUUCCGCAACGUCUUCCGUGGCGGCAGAAAAGGCACGCCCCCUCCUGUCCCACCGACAUACGAGAACUUCGACGAGGACAUCCGAAUGUACGGGCAGACGGACAGUGUGGGUAGCGGCAGCGGCAGCGGCAGCGCAGAGCGGAUGACUGCAAGCGGUAGCACGGGUAGCCAUCGCGAAGCCGGAGAUCGCACCUCGUUGAAGAGCUCUGGUAGUGGGUCGAGGAGCACGCGAGACACGUCCAGCAGUCAACAUCGCGGGCAUAGCCGCAAUGCGAGUGUGGGCUCAUCGACAAAGGUCCCGACCUACGAUAGCGUCGCGCCAAUCGUCUCCCUCAGGUCAAAGCCCACGUCUUCGUCGACAAAUGAUGGGCCCGCUGUUCCUGCCAAGGACUUUGCGAUGCCACCGAGACGGCCACAAGUAGCAGAGACAGGCGACCUGUCCAAUGGCACCGUCACGCAUGGUAUGGAUCGGUUGUCUGUACAAGACGACGGCGCUAUCCCUCGUCGAUCUCGAGAUGCCCCCGAUGACGUACCGAUGGACGCGACGGAUGAUGCCGACGAUUCAGAGGAAUUUGUCACCCAGCUAGCGAACGGACAGAUCGAGGUCACACCUAGGGAGCAGCGCUUCAACGUACCCAUCAGCUCAAUCAUCGACCCUGCGCCACCCAUAGUUCAGGCGCCGCCAAGGACGACGUCUAGAGCACCUGCCUCAGCACAGUCGUCAUCUGGCUCUCGACCCGGCUCAGCUCGGUCCUUGGCUGACCGAUCAGUCAACGGCAGCCCCAGAGGCAAGCAAUCGACGUCGCGCAGAGAAUCCGAAGAAGACUUCGGUCGACGCACUCCCAAUGGACGGGGCACCCCAACGGCUCUCGGUCCUCCCCCUCCACGACCGACAUCGAGAUCAGCGCAGCGGCAACAGCAAGCGCAGGCUGCGGCUCAAGCGCCUUUGAGUCGCGCGUCCCUUGAGAGCCUAGGCGGCGCUCAAAUCCAGAGUGCGAAGCGAACGACGAUUCACAAGGAUGCGACUCAAGUGUCACCUCGACGUGGCGACUCCUUCACGAGCGUCACUACGGCCAGGCCGCGGAUCAUCACGCCGCGGACCUCGCCUCGUGUUGAUGCCCCACCACCAGCAGGUUCGGAGGAGCGGCCAAGUUCUGCCGCAGCGAGACAGACCAACAUCCCAAAGCAAGCCCCUGUUCCAACGCAUCCCCCGCCGCCCGUGCCUGGCCCCAACGGCAAUGGCAGCGGCGCCGAGGAGCUGGGUACCAGCCCGCGUAGCUUAGACUCCCUCACAUCGUCGAGCAAUCAUUCGCUCCCUUCCCUUUCCUCCCAACGGCGCCCCUCGGAUACCGCGAGCAUUGCGAGUGUGGGCACGUUUGGCAGGAGAGUGAGCGUCGCAGAAGUCAUGCAGUUCUAA